AUGCAGCGACGAACGGUGAGUCCUGGCCGCGGCCGCAGUACACAAAACUCAAUAGUGACACGCACGGGUCUCUCGCGGCCAAGCAACGUUGUGCGGGAAUUACAUAAGAACGAUGGCACAAAUCCACGAAGUGUGCGUGGACGACAAAUCGCCACUGCGAUGGAAGAUCUCAUGGAUGAAGUCUACGGCGGCGGAGUCACUCAACCACCACCACCAGCACCAACACAACAACGACUAUCACAACAACAACAACGGGGAAAUAAUUCCUUAUCUCUAUCAGGAGGAGGAGGAGUUUACGCACGUUUCAGAACUUCAUUUAAUGCCUCUGCGGUGCCGAGGAGUUGGCGUAGUGGACCUGUGGAUACAGCCGGGCGUUCUUUUAAUGCCAGUGAUCGUAAUCUGCUUUGUAUGGAUGUUCAUACACAAAAUAAUUUAUGUGUGGUGGGAUCUGCAGAUCAUGGUCUUAAAGUCUUUGAUAUCACUACAGUAAGAGAGAAACGAAAUCUUUACACUAAAAACUACGGGCAUACAGAGUGGGUAACGUGCUGUAAAUUCUUUCAGAGUAGUGGACACGUAAUCUCUGGUGGAAUGGAUAGUAAAUUAUGUUUAUGGUCGGCCACUGGGCCUGUACGCUGCAGUGAUCUGUUAGGCCAUACAGGAAGUAUUAGUCAAGUGGAAGUAAAUGAAAGUAAUCAAUUAGUGAUGAGUAGUAGUUACGAUCGCACUUUACGUUUAUGGGAUUGCAGUGGUGGAGUUUCUGGGCGGUGUGUGGCGACCUUUGCUGGCCACAAAGCCCCAGUGAUGAUGUUCUCCUGGUGUGGCGGUCAAGUCUUAUCGGGAGAUCGACAGGGCACCACCAAAGUGUGGGAUGUAGAGACGGGGGAGUGUCUUUCCACAAUGGCCACCAAGCGAGGGCAGAUUGGAUCACUUUGGCAUCUUCUCAGCAGCAGCGUCGGUUUACUCUCCGCGAUUGGCGAUCAGGGCGGUGUGCUGACGGUCUUGGACUAUCCACGCACAGGCAGUAAACCUAUUUAUCAAGAUGUGCUGCAUCCCGGCGGGGUCGUGAGUGCUAUUCGCUCGGUGGAUGAGACGCCGUAUCUCAUCACCGCAGGGGCGGAUAAAGUUAUUCUUACAUUAGAUCCACGGGCGGGAUUUGCCCCACUCCAUCGCUUUACAGAUCACCGGGAUUUUAUUUAUUCCCUGGAGACAUUUGGGCCGUUGAUACUAUCCGGCGGGGGAAAUGGAUGGCUGUUGGUGCAUGAUACAAUGACAGGGAAUUGUUGUUAUGGUCUUGGCGCGAACACUGCGGCUGUGCGGGAAAUUGCGGCAACACCCACACAUUUAGUGGCCGCCGGUGAUGAUGGGAAUGCCAUGGUGUAUGAUUAUAUGUGA